CGAGUGGCGGCGGCGAGGGCCGGGCGCACUGCCUGCUGAGCACCCGCCCGGGAGCCGUCUCCUGCCGGCUCGCCAUGGACGACCAGGAUGUCUCCGCCAACCCCAGGGGCUCCUUCCGACAGUUCCUGGAGCACCUCUCCGGGGCUGGCAAAGCCAUCGGCGUGCUGACCAGCGGCGGGGAUGCCCAAGGCAUGAACGCCGCUGUCCGUGCUGUCGUGCGCAUGGGGAUAUACGUGGGGGCCAAGGUGUACUUUAUCUAUGAGGGUUACCAGGGCAUGGUGGAUGGCAGCAGCAACAUCGUGGAAGCCGACUGGGAGAGCGUCUCGAGCAUCCUGCAAGUGGGUGGGACCAUUAUCGGCAGCGCCCGUUGCAAGGCCUUCCGCUCACGGGAGGGCCGCCUGCAGGCUGCUCGGAACUUGGUCCAGCUGGGUAUCACCAACCUGUGUGUGAUCGGAGGGGAUGGCAGUCUCACUGGGGCCAACAUCUUCCGGAAGGAGUGGAGCGGGCUGCUGGAAGAGCUGGCCCAGAAUGGCCAGAUCAACAAAGAGGAGGUGGAGAAGUACUCGUACCUCAACGUCGUGGGGAUGGUGGGCUCCAUCGACAACGACUUCUGCGGGACGGACAUGACCAUCGGCACCGACUCAGCUUUGCACAGGAUCAUUGAGGUCAUCGACGCCAUCAUGACCACCGCCCAGAGCCACCAGAGGACGUUCGUUCUUGAGGUGAUGGGGAGACACUGCGGGUACCUAGCCCUGGUGAGCGCCUUGGCCUGCGGGGCCGACUGGGUGUUCCUGCCCGAGUCUCCGCCGGAAGAGGGCUGGCAGGAAAACAUGUGUGUCAAACUCUCGGAGAACCGUGCCCGGAAGAAGAGACUGAAUAUCAUCAUUGUGGCCGAAGGAGCCAUUGAUACCCAAAAUAAACCCAUCACCUCGGAACAAAUCAAGGAGCUCGUGGUCACGCAGCUGGGAUAUGACACGCGGGUGACCAUACUGGGUCACGUGCAGAGAGGAGGGACGCCGUCCGCCUUCGACAGGAUUUUGGCCAGCCGCAUGGGCGUGGAGGCCGUGGUCGCCCUUCUCCAGGCCACCCCAGAGACCCCGGCCUGCGUGGUGUCGCUGAGCGGGAACCAGGCCGUGCGCCUGCCCCUGGUGAAGUGCGUGCAGAUGACCCAGGACGUGCAGAAGGCGAUGGAUGAGAGGAGGUUUAAGGAUGCUGUGCAGCUCCGAGGAAGGAGCUUCGAGAACAACCUGAACACCUACAAGCGGCUCGCCAUCAAGAUGCCGGACACCCAGAUCCCAAAGAGCAACUGUAACGUGGGUGUCAUAAACGUGGGCGCGCCAGCCGCCGGCAUGAAUGCCGCCGUGCGCGCGGCCGUGCGGGUGGGCAUCGCCGACGGCCACAAGAUGUUCGCCGUCUAUGAUGGCUUUGAAGGCUUUGCCAAAGGCCAGAUCAAAGAAAUCGGCUGGGGAGAUGUCGGAGGUUGGACCGGCCAAGGAGGCUCCAUUCUUGGAACAAAACGCACCCUCCCUGGGAAGUACUUGACGGAGAUUGCCGGGCAGAUGCGCACCCACAGCAUCAAUGCGUUGUUGAUCAUUGGUGGGUUUGAGGCCUACUUGGGACUGCUGGAACUGUCAGCUGCCCGGGAGAAGCACGAAGAGUUCUGUGUCCCUAUGGUCAUGGUCCCCGCCACCGUCUCCAACAACGUGCCUGGCUCCGAUUUCAGCAUCGGUGCAGACACCGCCCUGAACACUAUCACCGACACAUGUGACCGCAUCAAACAGUCGGCCAGCGGGACCAAGCGCCGUGUGUUCAUCAUCGAGACCAUGGGAGGCUAUUGCGGCUACCUGGCCAACAUGGGGGGGCUUGCUGCAGGAGCCGACGCCGCCUACAUUUUUGAGGAGCCCUUUGACAUCCGAGACCUGCAGGCCAACGUGGAGCACCUGACGGAGAAGAUGAAGACCACCAUCCAGAGGGGACUGGUGCUCAGGAACGAGAGCUGCAGCGAGAACUACACCACCGACUUCAUCUACCAGCUCUACUCGGAAGAGGGCAAAGGCGUGUUCGACUGCAGGAAGAACGUGCUGGGCCACAUGCAGCAGGGGGGAGCGCCUUCUCCCUUCGACAGAAACUUUGGAACCAAAAUGUCUGUUAGAGCCAUGCAAUGGAUCACCACGAAGCUGAAGGAGUCUCAGGGCAAAGGAAGGAGAUUUGUAAGUGAUGAUUCCAUCUGUGUGCUGGGAAUAAGCAAAAGAAACCUUGUUUUCCGACCUGUGGCAGAGCUCAAGAAGGAAACGGACUUCGAGCACAGGAUUCCUAAAGAGCAGUGGUGGCUGAAGCUGCGGCCUCUCAUGAAGAUCCUGGCCAAGUACAAGGCCAGCUUCGAGGUGUCCGACUCGGAAGAGCUGGAGCACGUGCACCACCGCGGCCACGAGGAGCCGGCAGCCAUCUAGACGCCAGCGGGCCUGCGCCCUCGGUAGUGACGCUGCGACUCCGUGUGCCGCCCGUUUUUGUAACGUUUAAGUUAUUUAUCAGCACUUUAUGCGAGUAUUGUUGACCGAGUGUUGUUGAUAUCAGUACCUGUCACAGGGCACCCUCUUCUUGUACCUUCCUCCCCGUCGGACCCUGAGGGUCCAGCGUGAGCUGUUGGCUGGACCUCGUGCUGUCUCCCGCUUUAACAUGUGCCUGUCUGGUGGAAUAAAACGUUUGGCUAAAACCUCAA